AUGCCCCUAUUAUUGGCAGAUCCGUCUGUGAAGGUGUUUAUCAGUCAACUAAGCCCCAUGAUCCGUUUGGUCCGGGGUUGUCGUUCGGAUAAACCGUGGACGGCAAGCAAUUGCUUAGGUAUCCUGUCUGUUCUUCUGAUCGCCGUUGCAGCUAGCAAGGGUCGGGGAAUCUUCCAAUCACAUUGUCAGUGUUACGGUGUUAUCGACAAGGAGUUGAGAGUUGACUCUCUAGUAACUCUCUUCUACAAAAGGGCUCUCGUGACCACCCCGUGCCUGCCUAAUCGGGGUGCGUCCAGAUCGCGUCACCCCGAUGAUGUCAUUUCUGGCCUGGCUGGCGUCUUGAAGGAAUUGUUCUUGAUGGCAAUGAGAAGACAUACUUCACGUAGAAGUUGUGGUACUGGGAUUGUUGGUGUCAGUCGCACAAAUCAAUGUUGUGGCUACUGCGCGUCGACAAAUGGGUCCAGCUACAAAUCCAAUCCAGGCGGGGGGUUAUAUCACAAACAUGUGACGGAGACUGGCUGCAGUGUGCACUGCGGACCUCCUGAUCCGCUUGUUCUUGUAUCAUGGUCGGCGGAUGCAAUGAUUGCAUGCGCAGCAAUGAGUCCUGUUGCUUGUACUGAAGAUUCCGUUCUUGCUUUCGCUCUGAUUUCUUCUAGCUACUACUGGUUAGUCCUACAUUUCUCUAACGGUGUGACUGAAGGCCAAGGCACUGAAAUAACGGCUACUCAAACGGCAUGGCCUGUUGCCAUUGUCAUGGGAAGCCCUAGGAAGAGGGUUAUCAUUUACUAUAUGCGUCAUGGCCAAAGAUAUCUUGCUUUACGCACGGAAUGGGUAAAGGAACCCAAAAGGCUGUAUGGGAUCCACGGUGAACUAAGAGGCAGUUAUGUGCCGGUUUUCUAUUCCAUAAUGAAGGGGUACUAG